CGGCUCACGAGACUUCAGGGCGUGCGGUUGCCUUUGGGAUUCUAGCUGAGAGGAGAGGGGCCCUCGCGGAGAUGGAAAGCGGCAUGGAAGGCCGCACGGCCAGCGCGCUCUUCGCGGGGUUCCGGGCCUUGGGGCUUUUUAGCAAUGACAUUCCACACGUCGUGCGGUUCAGCGCGCUGAAGCGCCGGUUCUACGUGACGACCUGCGUGGGCAAGAGCUUCCACACGUAUGACGUUCAGAAACUUAGUCUGGUUGCAGUAAGUAACUCUGUUCCACAGGAUAUCUGCUGUAUGGCAGCUGAUGGGAGGCUAGUCUUUGCAGCAUAUGGGAAUGUUUUCUCUGCAUUUGCGCGUAAUAAAGAGGUAGUACAUACUUUUAAGGGUCAUAAAGCAGAAAUCCAUCUUUUGCAACCCUUCGGGGAUCACAUUAUCUCUGUUGACUCUGACAGCGUUCUUAUUAUUUGGCACAUAUAUUCAGAAGAAGAAUACCUACAGUUGACUUUUGAUAAAUCAAUUUUUAAAAUUUCGGCAAUUUUGCAUCCAAGUACAUACUUGAAUAAAAUACUUCUGGGCAGUGAACAAGGAAGCCUGCAGUUAUGGAAUGUAAAAUCCAAUAAGCUUCUGUAUACAUUUCCAGGAUGGAAAGUUGGAGUGACAGCUCUUCAGCAGGCACCAGCUGUGGAUGUUGUUGCUGUUGGUCUCGUGUCUGGUCAGGUGAUCAUUCACAACAUUAAGUUUGAUGAAACAUUAAUGAAAUUUCGUCAAGACUGGGGACCCAUUACUUCAAUAUCAUUUCGCACAGAUGGUCAUCCAGUAAUGGCAGCUGGAAGUCCAUGUGGCCAUAUUGGACUCUGGGAUCUGGAAGAAAAAAAAUUAAUCAAUCAGAUGAGAAAUGCACACUCUACAGCGAUUGCAGGACUGACAUUUCUCCAUAGAGAGCCACUACUUGUUACAAAUGGCGCUGACAAUGCUCUCAGGAUAUGGAUAUUUGAUGGUCCUACAGGUGAAGGACGAUUACUGAGAUUCAGAAUGGGACAUAGCGCUCCUCUUACCAGUAUUAGAUACUAUGGUCACAAUGGACAACAAAUUCUGAGUGCAAGUCAAGAUGGGACACUUCAGUCAUUUUCCACGAUACAUGAAAAGUUCAACAAGAGUUUGGGACAUGGCUUAAUAAAUAAGAAGAGAGUCAAACGUAAAGGACUUCAGAAUGCCAUGUCAGUAAGACUUCCUCCUAUCACAAAAUUUGCAGCUGAGGCAGCUCGUGAGAGUGAUUGGGAUGGUAUCAUUGCUUGCCAUCAAGGUAAGCUAUCUUGCUCAACCUGGAAUUAUCAGAGAUCUACAAUAGGAGCUUACUUUCUCAAACCAAAAGGAUUGACAAAAGAUGACAUCACUGCAACAGCAGUGGAUAUAACAUCUUGUGGAAACUUUGCUGUAAUUGGCCUCUCAUCAGGAACUGUAGAUGUGUAUAACAUGCAGUCUGGUAUCCAUCGAGGAAGUUUUGGCAAGGAUCAAGCUCAUAUAGGAUCCAUUAGAGGUGUUGCAGUGGAUGGAUUAAAUCAGUUGACAGUUACAACUGGCAGUGAAGGAUUACUCAAAUUCUGGAACUUUAAAAACAAGUUUUUAAUGCAUUCCAUGGACCUCAGUUCAUCCCCAAAUAUGAUGCUGCUACAUCGGGACAGUGGCAUUCUGGGACUUGCCUUGGAUGACUUCUCCAUUAGUGUUCUGGACACAGAAACUAGGAAGAUUGUCAGAGAAUUUUCUGGACACCAAGGCCAAAUAAAUGACAUGGCUUUCAGUCCUGAUGGUCGUUGGUUAAUAAGUGCUGCGAUGGAUUGCUCUAUUAGGACUUGGGACCUUCCAUCUGGGUGCCUUAUAGACUGCUUUUUGUUGGACUCAGCUCCUCUCAAUAUUAGUAUGUCCCCCACUGGAGACUUUUUAGCAUCUUCCCAUGUGGACCACCUUGGAAUUUAUCUAUGGUCCAAUAUUUCCCUGUAUUCAGUUGUUUCUUUACGACCACUUCCUACAGAUUAUGUCCCUUCAGUAGUGAUGCUUCCUGGUACUUGUCAAACACAAGAUAUGGAAGUCUCAGAAGAAACAGUAGAACCAAGUGAUGAAAUGAUAGAGUACGACUCCCCAGAACAGUUGAAUGAGAAAUUGGUAACUCUGUCACUUCUCCCUGAGUCACGGUGGAAAAACCUUCUUAAUCUGGAUGUUAUUAAGAAAAAAAAUAAACCAAAGGAACCGCCCAAAGUACCCAAGUCAGCACCAUUUUUUAUUCCAACAGUUCCUGGACUUGUACCCAGGUUUGCUAUACCUGAACAAACCAAUGAUCCCCAGCAGUCUAGAGUGGUAAAUCUUGGAAUUUUGGCUCAAAAAUCAGAUUUCUGUUUGAAACUUGAAGAAGGACUGCUAAGCAAUACAUAUGAAGCCGCUCUGAAGCUUCUGAAAGAAUUAGGCCCAUCAGGUAUUGAGACAGAGCUCCGGAACUUGUCGCCUGACUGUGGUGGCUCUGUAGAGGUCAUGCAAAGUUUUUUGAAAAUGAUCAGACUGAUGCUGGACAGAAAGCGAGAUUUUGACUUAGCCCAGGCGUACCUUGCAUUAUUUCUAAAGUUACACCUCAGAAUGCUUUCUUCAGAGCCAGUACUCCUGGAAGAAAUGACAAAAUUGUCAUCACAGAUAGAAGAAAAUUGGAUUCAUUUACAGUCACUCUUCAAUCAAAACAUGUGUGUUUUAAACUAUAUAAAAAGUGCCUUGUUAUAAAAAUGGAUUUAAGGAUAAACAAGUCAAAGACAUAUAAAAAUGGGUUCGGUUUAACUCUGGAAGUAAAAUUACAUCUGCCUCUUGUUUUGAAGACCUAACAAAUCUACUCAAAUGUCUUGAGUUGGUUGGCAUUAGUUACUUGUAUGUGACUUUUUUGGUUGUUACCAUCUAGUGUCUUUUGAGUAUGUUACAUAUGAGAUACUUAUCUCUAAGGUUUUGCCGAAUUAAAGGUGUCAGAUAAAAUAGAUCUAUGAUAUAGUUACAAAAAUGCCUUUAUGAUAUGAAUUUAAAAGGACUGUUUCCUUCCUGCAUCACUUGUGAUGAAAACCUGAAUUGCUCACUUAUCAGAAAUCUUCUGAUUUAGCCUUUUUGUGGUGCAGAAUAGUCAGGGUAAGGUCUGUUGGGAUCUCAGUGAUGGAUCCAACUUUCUAACAUUGUCUCAUUCCUGAAGAAGGUUGUUCUUGAAUCAGAACUGUUGAGUGGCACUUGCCCAAAACAACUUGCUAUAGGAAGAUAGGAAAGGGAGGUUCCAAAUUGAAGAAUGUCUCUCAUGGGUGGUUUAUUUAUUUGGGAAGAAACUACUAACUAUACUUUUCUCUCCUAACAUUUGCAAAGCCUGGCAGCUCUAGCAGUUCUCUCUUUUCUCAUCAAUUUCUUUUUUCUGGUCAAUGCUUUAGCAAUAUAUGAAUUAAAAUUAGCAAUUCUUAGGACUGGGGGAUAUAGUAGAACAUUAAUGUACAGUCAUGUACCUUGUAAAGAUUUAAAUAACUAAAGCAAAAUAGUUAGAGCUGUGAACUGAAAUUCCUUUUAUAAAUCAUGAACUUAUUUUUAUUCACUUUUUCAAAUAGGAGUCCAGAGUUUUUAUAGGAGAUAGCUUUAUCUCCAGAACCUUUCCUAUGCAUUGCUAUCAAGGAAGGGAGGGAGAAAAAAAUAUAAAGUAUGAUUUGGUGUGUAUAUAUUUUUCCUAAAAUGUAUUAGUUUAUGCAU